GGCCCAAGCAGCGCCCGCCCCCGCGCGUCCGCCCCCGCGCGUUCCCGCGCCCACGCGCCCCCUCCCCCGCGCGCGCGCGCGGCGGGAUUUUCCGGCGCGUCGGGGCACGGGGGCCGCGGCUAGGGCGGCGUUUUUCCUCGGCAGCGGCGUGCGCUUUCGCGCCAUGGCGCGGGCCAUGCCGCCCUCCGCCCUGCCGCCGACCCUGCAGGCGGCGCUGGCCGCUGGCGGCGGGCGCGGCGCCUGGAGCGCGCCGGGGGAGGAGCCCAGGCGCAGCGCCGAGCCCCAAGACCCGGAGGCGCAGCACGGCGUGGCGGUGCGGCCGUCGGCGCAGCCGCGGAGCAUCGGCAGCGCCGGGCAGGGCACGGGGGGCUCGCGCCAGAGGGUCAUGGUGAAGAUCCGCGGCGCACAGAUGAUCAGGAAGUUCAAGGACUUCCUGAAGGAGCCGGAGGCGGACACGGAGGACGGCCUCUUCGACGGGUUCCAGCCCCCGAGGCAGGCGCUGAGGCCGCAGGAGGCGGGCCUCCGCCAGGUGGCGUGGCAGGAUCCCGCGGGCCUGCAGGACAAGGCCAAGGCCCCGCUCUCCAGCGACCCCGGCUCGCAGGGCUUCCACGAGCUCCUGCAGCGCCUCGCGUCGGUGCACGACUCGGAGGUGGAGGAGCUGCGCGCGCUCCGCAGAGACCACGCCACCCUGCGAGCGACGCUCGGGGCGCGGAGCAAGGCCCCGGCCGCAGCGAACCACACGGCGCUCCCUGGCAGCCCUGCGUGCCGCUCCACGGUCGGUGUCAGGGGCUUGGCUGCCUCCAGCAGCAGCCAAGAGGGCACCGGACCCGCGGUGACGGUGGCCAUGGUAGAGCCGCACGCGAACCCCACCGCCGGGACCCCGGUGCUGGACAUGGUCUCCGAGGACGACGACGAGCGCCGCUACUCCUCGGGCGAUGGGCACGAGGAGGGCUCACGGGCGUCGGAGCUCGUGGGUAGCAGGGAGCACCACGCCAUGUCCGAGCAGGAGUGCACGCUCCAGGCCCACUGGCUGAAGCCGGCGCACUCGAAGGAUCAGUCUACCAGGUCUGUCGCCAAUGAGGCGUCGUACAUGGGGAUGCACUCCAUCUGGAUCAGGGCGACGGAGGAGCCGGACUCGGAGGACAUGGUGUCCCACAAAGGCUCCACGAAGUGGUUCCCGCAGUAUCCAAACAGCCAGUCGCGCAUCCUCUGGGACUGCGCAGCGGCCAUGUUGGUGAUCUACGACGUCGUCAUGCUGCCGCUGGCGGCCUUCAAGUUCCCGAGGAACGACUUAGUGAUGUCGAUGGACUGGAUCACGCUGAUCUUCUGGACGAUCAACAUGCCAGCCUCCCUGUGCGUUGGCUAUGUGGCCCAUGGGCAAAUGGUGAUGGACAUGCGGAGGAUCCUGCUGCACUAUUUGAAGACCUGGUUCAUCCUGGAUGUCCUCAUCCUCGUGCCAGAUUGGACGUUCAUCAUCAUCAACGGAGGAGGCCAGGACGAAGACUCGGUCGGCCAGAACCACACUGGGAUGGUGCGCGUUCUGCGUCUGAGCCGCAUGGCACGGCUGAUGCGCCUGAUGAAGUUGAAGAGGUUCCUCCAGAACUUAUACUACGCAAUCGAGAGCGAAUACGUCAGCAUUCUGAUUCACAUCGUGCAAAUGAUAGCGGUCGUGCUGGCAUUUUGCCACAUGAUCGGGUGCAUGUGGUUUCUCGUCAGCGACACGCAGGACGGGAAGCCAACCUGGGUGAACGUGCACGGCUACGACGAGGAGCACUGGUCUUACCAGUAUGCGCUCGCGUUUCACUGGUCCAUCACGCAGUUCACCCCAUCGACGAACGACAUCGCCCCGAAGAACAUGGCUGAGCGGGUCACGGCCAUCUGUGUGGUGGUCUUCGCGCUGGUGGGCUUCGCCUACAUCGUCGGCAGCAUCACUGGGUCGCUGACGCAGCUCCGCAGCCUAUCGGAGGGGAGUGCGAAGAUGUUUUGGGACCUGCGCCGUUACCUGACCCACUUCCGCGUGCAGCCCACGCUGGCGCUCCGGAUCGAAAAGUACUUGGAGCACGCGUGGGCUCGGCAGCAGAAGGGUAUCCACUCGAACAGGGUGCGGUUGCUGGCAAUGCUCUCGGAGCCACUCAGCCGGGAGCUUAACCUGGAGAUCUACAUGCCCAGCCUGAAGGUGCACCCGCUCCUCCUGAACCUCAGCGAGGCCAGCCCGCUCACCAUGCAGCGCAUCGCGCACUCGGCCAUCCAGGAGAACAAGGCGGCGCGCCACGACUUGCUCUUCGUGCCCAGCGAGCCCGCCGUGAACAUGAUCUUCCGAGUGUCCGGCAAGCUCUGGUACCAGCCCAACGGGGAUCAGCAGGGCACGAUGGUGAGCCAGGCUGAGGAAGGCUGGGUGGCCGAGCCGGUGCUGUGGGUGAACGCCUGGGAGCACAAGGGCGCGCUGACGGCCGCCACCGACUCCGACCUGCUGAUGGUCGACCCGGUCCAGUUCAGCCUCGUGGUGACCCGCAGCCCGUGCUCCUAUGAUAUGGGCGUGCAGUACGCGAGGGCGUUCGUGCAGUGGCUGAAGCUGCACGCGCAGGGCGAGGCAAGGACCUCCACGGGCGAGGUGCUCAGGCGGGCGGACCUCGCGUCGAAAGGUUUCGAGCAGAUCUGGAUGCAGUCGGCCAAGCUCAACUGGUCGAACAACUUGCACCUUGGUCGAACAAAGUCAAGGCUAGGUUUACGCGGCUUCUAGCAUUUAGCAAAGCUUGGUAAAUAGAGCCGAGGUCUUGCGCACCGUGGUAGUAACUUCUAGCUUGGAGCUUCGGACUGAAGAGGCCGAACAAAAAUCGGAGGCCAGAAGCGGCCAACAGCUUGUCGCUCCGAUUUUUGUUGGAGCGUCGGUUCCCUGGGAGUCCGAGCCCAGGGCCCGGACUCCCAGUGGCGUCUCGCCGGUCGCUGAUGCGGCGCGGCAGCACUGGCUUGCCCGGGUGAGUGGCGCGCCCACGGGCGCCCCUGAAGCCGCGCACGAAAGGUCACUCUAGCAGGGUGUCACUCCUACGUGUGGUAUCGGACAGGGCCAGGACGAGGACAGAUUCGUUCCAG